AAAGCUAGCAAUGCUGAAGAGCCCAGAGUUGGAUCAGUGCAACCAGCCUUAAGAGGUUGGGGCUGGAGUCUGUCACCACCGAGGCACUGGGCUACAGUGGGGGAAACACUGGCAGUGUCGGGGGCCGCUGUAAGUGGGGGCAGCGGUGGUAAGGUUUUGGCUGAGCUGAAGCAGAGGGAGGUUCAGACUGACCUUCCUUGCGAUUGUGCCGGGCAGGGCAGGGCAGCGCCGCGCCGCUUCCUCCCGGGCUCGCAGGCGGCCGGCUCACCUCCCAGCGGGGCUUUGUGUCCCUCAGCGCUCGCCCUCUCCACCGCCUCGGGGCCCGGCGGCGGCUGGACCUAGGGUUGGAGGCCGGGCCGGCUAGGGCCGCGCCAACUCCUCCUCCACGGCAGGCCUCGGGCUUUCGGCGGGCUUGGGUAGCGGGCGGCUUCGCGGACGCUCGCAGGUGUCGGGAGAGGAGCGCAGGGGGGGGCCGAAGCUUUCUCUGAAGAUGUCGGGCAUGAAAAGAAAAAUCGAGGAUAAAGAUCCAGACUAUGAAGAUAUCUCAGUCUGUCAUCAGGACAAACGAUGUAAAGUGAUUGAGCAUUCGGCACGUGAAGCCACUUUGCAAAAAAUUGAAGUUAUCAUCAAGGAACAGUUUGCUGUGGAAAUGAGGAACAAAGAGCAUGAGAUUGAGAUUAUUGAUCAGCGCCUUAGCGAGGCCAGAAGGAUGAUGGACAAACUUCGUGCCUGCAUUGUGGCCAAUUACUAUGCAUCAGCUGUGCAGCCCAAGGUAACUGAGGGUCCAAGACCAUAUGACCCAACUGUCUUCAACCACCCUGUCAUCAAGAAAUUUUUAGAAUCUCCUUCAAGGUCAUCCUCUCCAGCCAAUCAACGCUCAGAAACUUCAUCCACCAACCAGUCAGAAACUGAUUCAGUCACUCACCAAGCUGAUUCUUUUCUCGACAAAGAGAGUGAACAGCAGCAGCAAACUGUGGCAAAUGAGGAUAUUCACCCUGAUGGAUCUGAAAAAAGAGCAGGGAGAAAUCGUGGACAGGAUACACUUGGAGUCCCAACCCCACAGGAGAUAGAGCAACGGUGUGCUUACCUCACAACUAGCGAUGACCCUUCACGUCUUUACAUCAAGAAGACAAUUGUUGUUGGCAAUGUUUCGAAGUAUAUUCCCCCAGACAAGAGAGAAGAGAAUGAUCAGUCUACCCACAAAUGGAUGGUUUAUGUGCGGGGUUCACGGAAAGAGCCCACGAUUGACCAUUUUGUGAAGAAGGUCUGGUUUUUCUUGCACCCCAGCUACAAGCCGAAUGACUUGGUGGAAGUCAGUGAACCACCGUUUCACCUGACCAGGAGAGGCUGGGGAGAAUUCCCUGUACGCAUUCAGAUCCACUUCAGGGACCUGCGUAACAAAAGAAUAGACAUAAUUCACCAUUUGAAGCUGGACAGAACAUACACAGGCUUGCAGACGCUUGGUGCAGAAACGGUAGUAGAUGUUGAAUUGCAUCGUGAUUCUCUUGGGGAGGACUAUCUUCCCACUGCACUGCCUCCUUCUAGUUCCGCAGCGACACUGCUUUCUUCAUCCUCCUCCUCCUCCUCCACCUGCAGUAGGACACCUCGAUCCGUUACACCCACGCAACCUGCAUCGUCUUCCACACCCCCAAUAACGUCAGCAGGAGGAGUGCAUGUGUCUUCUGCAGCUUUGAGUUCUGCUUCAGGAAAGAUGUCACACGAUUCAUUGGGAGUCACUUCUGAAAAAGUUAAGUUGGAACUCCCUGUCAAAAAUGAGGUGGGCUCCAGCAGUCACUCAGGACAUUCUUCCCUGGAGCGUACACCAACCAGGCCAGUGGCCACUCAGAAGGUGACAUUUGGAUCACAUGGCAACUCUGCUUUCCAACCAAUCACAGCCAGCUGCAAAAUUGUUCCUCAGGAGCAGCUCCCCAGCCCUGCUGAUUCUCCAGGAAAAUCCUUCCAACCCAUAACAAUGAGCUGCAAAAUUGUAUCAGGAUCCCCGAUCUCAACACCAUGUCACUCUCCUUUGCCACGCACACCAACCUCCACACCUGUCCACAUGAAGCAAGGAUCAUCCGUCUCUGUCAUAAGUAACCCCUACAUUAUUGUAGACAAGCCUGGGCAAGUGAUUGGAGUGCCAACAUCAAAUACAGCAGGGAGUCCCACAGCUAAGCAGACAGGCAUUUCACAAGGUACGCAUUCACCCAUCCCAAAAAUCCAUGGCAGCAGUUUCAUUGCAACAGCUGUAAAGCAAGAAGAUGCGCUCUUUGCAGCUAUGCCGCCUUUGUGCCCCAUUGGAAGUCAUCCCAAGGUCCAGAGCCCUAAACCUGUGACCGGGGGUCUUGGUGCCUUCACCAAGGUUAUCAUCAAACAAGAGCAAGGAGAAGCAGUGGCACAGCAAUCGGGAGUCACGACUGGGCCCACACAGCAGGCUGUGCAGCAGUUUGUGACUGUGAAAGGUGGCCAGGUGAUUGCUGUCUCCCCACAGAAACACAGCAGCAGCAUUGGAGCAGGAGCUACCCAGACUAAGGUGGUUGGGAUUCCAGUGGGUUCAACCUUGCAGCCAGUGGUGAAGCAGGCAGUGGCACUGAGCGGUGGUCAGAUAAUUGUUGCCAAACCAGGCACCACCGUUGCUCGGGCUGUUGGACAGAAGCAGAUUGUGGCUCAGGGUGUGGCAAAGGCUGUGGUGAGCGGAGCAAGUGGAACCAUUGUUGCUCAGCCUGCACAAGCAGUCAGCAAAGCUCAGAGUUCAUCUGUUAUCCAGAAAUCAGGAUCGCAAAGCUCAGUUAUGGCCACUCUGCAGCUUCCAGCAACCAAUCUGGCCAACCUGGCCAAUCUGCCCCCAGGGACCAAACUCUACCUAACAACCAACAGCAAAAACCCCUCUGGCAAAGGCAAGCUGUUGUUGAUACCUCAAGGAGCCAUACUGCGGGCUGCCAAUCCAGCAGCAGGGCAUCAGGUUCAGGGGACCUCACCGAGCACGACUGGCAGCAUUCAGGGCACUGUGGUUGGUGGGUUACCACAGCAACUGGGCUACACCUCAUACAUCCUCAAGCAGACGCCUCAGGGCACAUUUUUGGUUGGCCAGUCAGUUCCUCAGGCCUCUGUAAAGCAUGGACCUGGUGGUUCUAUGGCAGGUAUAACAGUGCAAGGACCGCCUUCCACAAGCUCCCACCAACAAGCCAUCAGAGUAUCCACUGCCCAAAAAGCUGUGUUUGCACAGGUCGUACCAAGUGCCCAGGCAUCCCCUCUGCACUCAGCUGCUGUUUCCUCACUCGUUCAUUCUCCCUUGCCUGAUGGAGCCACAAGGCCACUCUCUGCAACUUCCUCCCUCUCGCAGCCUGGCACCACCACCUUGCGGGUCACUGGAGGAGUCAUCACGACGGCCAGCCUAGCAGCAUCGGCCUCGGGAACAGCAACAGCCACCACAGGAACUGUGGCUCUGCAGUCGGAAUUGACAGGCUCUGGCACCCCUGCACUCUCCGCAGUGCCCGUCGUCAAGGUCUCAGGUCAGCAACCAUCCCUCCUCGUAUCUCCGGUUCAGCUUGCCACCAGCCAGUCAGCCCGCAUCAUCUCCGCUGGCUCCCAGGUAGCACCCACGGUGCCUUCUCAGCACGGUGGUGAAGGAUCCAGUAAGGUCAGCAAUUCAGGAGCAGCCAGUGGGGCUUCCUUUGAGUGCAGUUCCUCUGGGAUGAACACUGCAAGUGGAAAAGCCAGUGAGGCACCAUCAGUGAAGACAGAACCUGGGUCUUCAGGAACUUGCUUCAGCCCCACACUUUGCACAGCUGGCACCGUGAAAGUGGAACGAGCAGGAUUGCAUGGGGCAUCUGAAAUGAUUGACCUUGAAUACAUUGAGAAUAUGCAGCAGCUACUCUCUGCCAUCCUGAAGAAGUUACCCCUGAUCAUGCCCAAGAAAACUGAGGAUUCUCAUCCCUUCUGUGCCAUCUCUCUGGAACAGUAUUACAGCUGGAAUAUUGGAAAGAGGAGAGCUGCAGAGUGGCAGCGUGCAGUAGCUGUGAGAAAGAUCCUGCAGGAGGUGUUGGAGAAAUGCCCGCGGUUUAGCAACAUGGAAGCCAUGAAGACCAAACAGAUUGUGCACUGGUGCCGCCAGCGUGGGUACACACCCCCUGAUCCAGAGAGCUCUGCUACCGAAGAGGAUUCAAUGGAAGAUAUAUUGACGCAGAUAGAUAAUGAGCCAGAAUGUCCUUCCACAUAUACUGGGGCCAGUGAGCUCUGCCAAAGGCUUAUGGAAGUGGAGGAUAUUCUCAAAACCGAAUCUGAGAGUGACGAAGAGGUGGACAUCAUUAACACAACUGAACCUUCCAAAGUGAAGGUCAAGAAAGAGCUGGAGGAUGUUGAUGAAGAGGUCAAAUUCUACAUGGGCACAGUGCCAGCCAUGGAGUAUGCCAGAGACACAGCACAACAGAUCGGUGUUACCAUCGAACCCUUGGAAUUGGAGAGCCAUGUCUUCGCCCCUGUGAUUGAAGAUAUGAUCAUAAAGGCCACUGAACAGUUUGUAAGUGACAUUCUUCGAGAGUCCUUGGGAAUUGCAUACCAGAGCACUCCUCAUAACAGGACACCCAAAGAGCUGAGUUUAACCAACGUGCACCAAGCCAUCUGCAACAUCUCUGUCUGCGACUUUCUCACCAACAAGUACAUGGGCGUUCUAAGAAGUGAACAGACCCCGCAGCAAGAACGAUGAAGGGCCUCAAGCCCUCCACCACUCCAUCGCCAUUCCUGCAUUCAGAUGGGACAUGGGAACAUCUAAGCCAGCUGUUGCACCAACAUGUCAGUGCAUUCUUUCCUUCUUCUGCCAUGCCCACAGUGGGAGAGAGUGUCACUGUGCUGCCUCAGAAUACAAGUCUUUCACAUUUGCCAUGGAGCUGCAGAAGCUCUGGGC